AGUGUCAGCAAUUUGUCAGCCUCGAAUUCGGACUUGUGGAGAACAUCGCUUUUCCCGAAACGAAUCGAAUGAAAAAGAAGGAUGGACGUUAUCCGCUUUGUCGCCAUUGUUCAUUGCCUUCACGUGGCACCGUGUUUGUUUAUUUACCCUACUCGAUUUGCUCCUCAUUUACGUUUCUUUUCGUAUUUAAAUCCCAUUCCCUCUCAUUUUCUUCAUCCCGGAGUUUAAUUUUCUUCUGGGUUGUGAAAAUUGCUGAAUCAGGCAAAUGGGUCGCUUCCCAUUUGCCGUUCUCUUUCUCUCUUCAUUGUUUGUUUUGAGGUUUUGUUCCGUUCAUGGAAGAAUUCCGACCACCGUAGAAGGGCCGUUUAAGCCUGUAACUGUUCCGCUUGAUACGAGUUUCCGGGGGAAGGCCGAGGACUUGCCGGAAACUGAUCCGAGAGUUCAGAAGAAUGGGGGCCAAUUUGUGCCGGAGCAGAUUUCUGUUGCUCUCUCUGCGGAUUAUGACUCUGUUUGGAUUUCUUGGAUCACAGGGGACUUUCAAAUUGGAGACGCCAUUCGGCCAUUAGAUCCUGAGAAAGUUGCGAGUAUUGUCACGUAUGGGAAGUUCCUCAUGCCAAUGAAAAACCAAGCAAAGGGUUAUUCUCUUAUCUACAAUCAACUUUAUCCCUUUGAAGGCCUCAAGAACUACACAUCUGGAAUUAUACACCAUGUUCGUCUAACGGGAUUGGAGCCUGAUACUUUGUACCAAUAUCAAUGUGGAGACCCUUCAGCUGCAGAAGAAAUAAGUGAUAUCCAUUAUUUCAGGACCAUGCCUGUUUCUGGGCCUAAGAGUUAUCCUAAUAGAAUAGCAUUGGUUGGUGAUCUGGGUCUUACAUACAACACUACAUCAACAGUAGAUCAUAUUUUGAAGAACCAUCCUGAUCUUGUGCUAUUGAUUGGGGAUGUGAGUUAUGCAAACCUAUAUCUUACAAAUGGCACUGGCUCUGAUUGUUACUCUUGUUCGUUUCCUCAUACUCCUAUUCACGAAACUUAUCAGCCUCGUUGGGAUUACUGGGGAAGGUAUAUGGAGCCUCUAAUAUCCGAAGUUCCAUUAAUGGUGGUGGAAGGGAACCACGAGAUCGAACCACAAGCUGAAAAUCGAACAUUUGCAGCUUAUAGUUCUCGAUUUGCAUUCCCAUCCAACGAGAGUAACUCGUCUUCGACAUUUUACUACUCUUUCAAUGCAGGUGGCAUUCAUUUUAUAAUGCUUGGUGCCUACAUUUCAUAUGACAGAUCAGGUGACCAAUACAAAUGGCUAGAACAAGACCUGGCUAAAGUUGAUAGGAAAGUUACUCCAUGGUUGGUAGCUACAUGGCACCCACCAUGGUACAGCACCUACACUUCUCAUUAUAGAGAAGCAGAGUGCAUGAGAGUGGCAAUGGAAGACUUGCUCUACAAGUAUAAAGUUGACUUAGUUUUCAACGGCCAUGUUCAUGCCUAUGAGAGGUCAAAUAGAGUAUAUAACUACACUUUGGAUCCUUGCGGUCCGGUCUACAUAACGGUAGGUGAUGGAGGUAACCGAGAGAAAAUGGCAAUUGAACAUGCUGAUGAACCCGGAAACUGUCCAGACCCGUCCUCGACACCGGAUGAAUACAUGGGCGGUUUCUGUGCGUUCAAUUUUACAUCAGGCCCAGCUAAAGGAAAAUUCUGCUGGGAUCAGCAACCUGAUUAUAGCGCUUAUCGUGAAAGUAGCUUCGGCCAUGGCAUUUUGGAGGUGAAAAACGAAACUCAUGCGUUGUGGACAUGGCAACGAAACCAGGACUCGUAUAGAUCUGUCGGGGAUAUAAUAUACAUCGUACGACAACCAGACGUUUGUCUCAAUGAGAUGAAGGUACAUACAUACAGACAUGGAAAACAAGAAGAUAUGUGACAAUAUAACCGUGGUACAUAUUGCUGAUAGAGCCCCUGCUGUUCUUAAUUGCCACACAACACUUUGCUGAGCUUUUCAUUAUGUUCUUACUUAGGUUCAUACUGAUGAAUUCAAACACAGGCCGUGAGAAUACAAAGAUAGCUAAAUGAGAAGGUUCAGAAUUAUACUCGGUUUCAAUUGGGUUUGUUUUCUUCUGUGACUCUCGUUAAAGUUCGAUUUUCUCGAGGCAAUUAAUAAUAUAUGACAACGUGAUUUAGCAUUUC